GGUCCCACUAAGGAAAUACCAUGAAUAUGCCUGAUCGAAACCAAUACAUGCAUGGUAAAAACGGGCUCUUGUCUGGCGAUAAUUAUUGUUCAAUCUUUUUUUUCUUUCAUUAAAUGAAGACACUGCACUUGAAUUUAGAUGCGUUUUAACAAUAUAACUACAGAAAUUCGGAAAACCUUUAUAUGCAACUAUAGGACAUCCUAUUUACGCGACGAUAGAUGUUUUAGGCCCCAAAAGCGAUCGAGGAAGCCAUGGAGUCGAUGAGACGUCGUAGAUCAAGGCCGCGGUCUUGUUCAACUGAAAAAGAGAGGAAAAAAUCUCGCAGUAGAUCUAGGUCUUCGGAAGACAGGUCAAGAAGAAAUCGCUCAGCGGGAAAAGACACCCGAAGACGAGUACGGUCCCAGAGCGAUAGUUCGCAAAGCAACAGCGGGUCCGCAGGCCCCUACAGACGGGCAGGGCGAGGGAGUCCUAGCCCAAAAUCUAAAUACAGAAGCAGUUCGGAGUCGGAUGAAGACAGCGGAAAGAAUAAAAAGAAAAGUAAGAAAAAGAAGUCUGGUAGGGAUGAAAGACGAAACAGAAGUGCAUCCUUCUCUGGUUCAGAUUCAAGCGUGGACAGACCACAACACCGUGAUGGAAACAGUCAUGAAAAGAGCCGCAGGAGGAGUGCCGAUAGAGAAAGCAGAACUCCCAGCAGAGAACGACAGUUGAGGAACAAGGAAAGAGAGAGAAGUCCCGAGAGGGUAAGAGGCCACAGGAGUGAUGAACUUAAUACCAAAGACAGGAGGCGGGAACGAGAUGGGAGAAGUCGGGACAGAGAGAACCGACAGAAGCGGUCAGUGUCAGGUUCUUCUGCGUCCUCCGAGGACUCCAGCAACGGUGAGAAGUCGUCCUCUCGGGUCCAAAACCCAAAGGAAGAGAAGAAAAAACAGAGAGAAAUGAUGAAAGCUCUUGAAACGCCGGAGGAGAAGAGGUCCAGACGUUUGUCUAAGAAAGAAGCUAAAGAGAGGAAGAAAAGAGAGAAGAUGGGUUGGAGUGAGGAGUACAUGGGCUAUACAAAUGCAGACAAUCCUUUUGGUGACAACAACUUACUGGGAACUUUCAAAUGGCAGAAGGCUUUGGAGAUGAAGGGAAUUUCUCACCUGAGAGAGAAAGAGCUGAAGGAUAGAAACAAACUCAUCCAAGAGGAUAAUCGCAGAGAGCUGCAAAAGGUGAAGCAAUUGCGUCUGGAGCGUGAGCGUGAGAAGGCUAUGCGUGAGCAGGAGCUGGAGAUGCUACAGAGGGAAAAGGAGGCUGAGCACUUCAAAACGUGGGCUGAGCAGGAGGACAACUUUCACCUGCACCAGGCAAAGCUCCGGUCUAAAAUCCGCAUCCGGGAUGGCCGGGCAAAGCCCAUUGACCUGCUGGCUAAAUACAUCAGUGCAGAGGACGACGAUCUGGCGGUAGAGAUGCAUGAGCCAUACACCUUCCUCAACGGCCUCACUGUCACUGACAUGGAUGAUCUACUGGAGGACAUCAAGAUUUACAUGGAGCUGGAGCAGGGCAAGAAUGUGGACUUCUGGAGGGACAUGACCACCAUCACAGAGGAUGAAAUCAGCAAACUGCGCAAAUUAGAAGCUUCAGGCAAAGGACCUGGGGACCGUCGUGAAGGUAUCAACACUUCUGUUAGCAUAGACGUUCAGGCGGUGUUCAGGGGGAAGACUUACAGCCAGCUGCAGGCCCUGAACCUGAACAUUGAGACUAAGAUCCACGCAGGUGGCUCCAACCUGGACAUUGGCUACUGGGAGAGCCUGAUGCAGCAGGUGCGAGUCUACAUGGCUCGUGCCAGGCUGAGGGAACGCCAUCAGGAGGUGCUGAGGCAGAAGCUGUAUAAGCUCAAACAGGAGCAGGGAGUGGAGAGUGAGCCUCUCUUCCCAAUCAUCAAAGAGGAGCAAGAAGACCAAGAAAUGCCAGGAGGGUCAGCAGAGGCGGGUCCCUCCCGCAGCGCUCAGCCCGGGGCCUCAGAGGAGGCGGAGGACAAGGGCGCGUCCAGGGCUCACGGAGACGAGAGCGAGAAGGAGGCUGAGGACGAGCCAUCCUCCUCGUCGGCCGCUGAAGGAGCAGGCCAGGCCAAGGAAGGAGAGGGCGAGGGUGGGGAGGGCGGCGCCACUGAGUCGGUGCUGACGGAGGAUGACCUCAUCCAGCAGAGCCAGGCUGAGUACGACUCGGGGCGCUACAGCCCCGCGCUGAUGACCAACUCUGAGCUGCCGCUGGACGCACACGUCAUCGGGCUCGACGAGGACCUGCAGCGCCUUCAUCUGGCCCGGCGCCAAUUACAGGUCACAGGUGAUGCCAAUGACAACGCAGAAGAUGCGUUUGUGCGGCGUGCCAAACAGGGCAUGGGUGCUGACGAGGCCCAGUUCAGCGUGGAGAUGCCACUCACGGGCAAGAUGUAUCUCUGGGCAGACAAGUAUCGGCCACGUAAACCGCGCUUCUUCAACCGCGUGCACACCGGCUUCGAGUGGAACAAAUACAACCAGACGCAUUAUGACUUUGACAAUCCACCGCCCAAGAUCGUGCAAGGCUACAAGUUCAAUAUCUUUUACCCGGACCUGAUCGACAAACGCUCCACGCCGCAGUACUUCCUGGAGCCGAGCCCUGACAACAAGGACUUUGGCAUCCUCCGUUUCCAUGCUGGACCACCGUAUGAGGAUAUUGCCUUCAAGAUUGUCAACCGUGAGUGGGAGUACUCGCAUCGCCAUGGUUUCCGAUGCCAGUUUGCCAAUGGCAUAUUUCAGUUAUGGUUCCACUUCAAACGGUACCGUUACAGGAGAUAGAUCAUGUGGACCACGCUACUGUAUUUCAUGUUGGCCUAGCACCAGUACAGUUCUAGCUCUAUUGAACAUUGUUUGGCUUUAUUUGUCCUUCUCUCUGAUGGGGAGUAGUAUAGUGUGUUUCCAAAGGGACCCAGGAUGCAAAGCCCUAGAAUGUUCAGAGCAGUAGUUACGUUUGUGCAGAUGUCCUCCUUUUGAAACCAAAACGUGGCUUUGAUAAGCAGUCGAGGUCUAGGGGGGGGCUGAGACUCUAAAAGUGGCCUCUCCUCAGAGGCAGUGUAAUGAGCGGUGGGUGGGCUGUCCAUCACUACCACUAUAUUAGUCCCAUGUCUCGAGUAAGGUAGAGCUUUGUGACAUCACAAUGAGGGAGCACAAUUCUGCUCCUAGUGCCCCAUAGCUUGCCCCCUUCACAUUUGUAAUACGUAUGUUUUUUUUUUCUAAAUCUGUAAUUAAAGAUGUCUCUUGUAAA